AUGUUGCGAGAUAAUCCAGAUGACUACAUAGACCCGUCUCGUAAAUCAUAUUUAGAUUUUGAUGGAGAAUUAGAUGUACCUGAAAGUGGUUUAGUUGCACAGACUAGGAAUGGAGUACGCGUAGGUCGAAUUAUGAAUUUUAUCACCGUUGGGUUCGUCCUACUGCUGAUUUGUGGUUCUGUGGUGGCAGGAGUUAUUACAUUCAUAGUGAAAGCAAACAAAGGGGGCGAUGGAAAAGUGUGCCGUCGUGGAGCAGUUCUUGUAACAGUUCGUCAAUGUCCUCGCGUAAGAUGGAUCCACUUUCAGUCAACGAGCGCUGACAGUGUCGCGUUAGUCUCAACGCUGUCAAGCGCUUUCUAUUAGUG